ACUGCUCCGCGUCCGCGAUGAGACCCGCAGCAACAGCGGUAGCAGCCACCGCCGCCGCGCUCCGAGCCGCGUUCUUCGCUCCUCCCGUCGCCGCCUCCCGUCUCCUCCCUCCUCGCCGUGUCCUCCUUCUCCCCCUGCACUGCCUCUCCUCCUCCUCCUCCUCCUCCUCCUCAGCCGUUCCGCCUUGCGCGCCCCCCUCCGACUCCCAGCCGCCGCCGUUGCCUGCCCUCAUGGACGCGCAGUUCGAGUCCUUCCGCGCGCAGCUCGACGGUUCCUCCGCCCUCCGAGACCGCAUCCGCGCCGUCGUUUCUGAGGUCGAGUCAGCCUCCCGGGCCGCCACCGCUGCGCUCCUCCUCGUCCACCAGCCAGUCCCCCUUUCAGAUGUGCUCGGCAAGGCCAAGCUACAGGUGGAGGUGAUCAAGGUGCUCUACUCUCAGCUCGCGGAGAUCCUGAAAGAGUGCCCCGGUCAGUACUACAGGUACCAUGGGGACUGGAGGACUGAGACACAGACCGUGGUGUCGAUGCUGGCGUUCACUUACUGGCUUGAGACUGGCGGCCUCCUCACACACGCCGAGGCUCAGGAGAAGCUAGGAUUGAGCUCUGGAGAGUUUGGCCUGGACGUUGAAGACUACCUGACUGGGCUGUGCUUCAUGUCGAAUGAUUUUCCCAGAUAUGUAGUGAAUCGGGUCACUUCUGGAGACUAUGACUGUCCCAGGAAGGUGCUAAGCUUUCUGACUGAUCUGCAUGCUUCAUUUAGGAUGCUGAAUCUGCGCAAUGAUUUCUUGCGUAAGAAAUUUGAUGGGAUGAAGUAUGAUUUAAGAAGGGUAGAGGAGGUAUUUUAUGAUGUGAAGAUACGUGGACUUGUGCCUGGGGAGUCAAAACAAGAAGUUGCCCAGUCAUAGAAUGUGAGCCAUGCCUAGCGACCUAGCGUUUAGUUGGCAGUCGAUAGAAUGUGUGUUCUCUUGACUAUCAUGGAAGUCUACGUUGGAAGGUUGGUUCUAAAAGAAAGUUUAUGCUCGCGUUAAGGUCCUGCCUUUUUAGUAACCCAUCUCAAAUGAUUUACAGUUCCAUGGGGGAACAGGAUCAUGACUGAACUUACGCUGUGAUAAUGACUUGUAGCUGGCAUUAACAUUCCAUGUUUUCUA